CUGACCUGUACAGCCUCAACAAAUGUUCAACAAAUGUUUUUUUCGAACCAAUAGGCCCUAUCUCUCAGUUUGGAAAUUGCAUAUAAGAUGUCAGAGGGCCACGGACUACCGCCGCUGCCAAAAUGUUUUAAUGGACUUAUAGCGAACGGAGAAAGGGUUGUAAAUGGUUUUGAUCCAGAUGCCAAAGACAAAGUGAAAGAUGCAGAUGCUAUAAAAACUAAUCUUUCUUUGAAAACAGACAAACACAAUGAAUCAGAAAAAAACUCCUCGCCAUUCUCAAGACUUAAUGUUGCACUCAAUAGACUUAAAGAUGAAAUGGUUGGUCUACGACAGUUAGACAUUUCAUUGUUGUCGCAGCUAUGGUCACUGAAUGAUGCAAUACAAGAUUACAAGGCUGUUGUACAAGAAAGAUGUUCAGAGACUAAUUCAGAAUACUCUUGGGGUAUGAACAGUAGGACCAGCUCUAUUGGAAGUAUAGAUGACUAUGACUGGAAUGCAGACAUUCAUUUACAACCAGAAAGUCACGUCCCUAAUUCAGUGCACAGUAGUACAUCAAGUCUUCUUCAGCAGAUUAAUGAACUUAAACAAAGGGCUGAAACAGAAUUUUGAUGUUGAUGUUUAUGUUACGAAGGGUUUACAUUUGUUAAAAAUGAAAUUGAAUUUUAUUGAUAAUUAUCAGACAAAGCGAUGCAGGUGAUUUUUUUUUAUAGUGCUAUACUUUGUACUUGCAUAUAUAUCAAUUUUACAUGCACAUUUAUAGAUUUCAUCCUACAUCAAAAUUCAGUUAAUUUCAGAUACUUGAAUGUUCAAUUCAUGUACAUGCAGCUAUUAUUUAAUAUAAUUUUAAUGCUUACACAUACAUGUAUUGACAUUGAUACACAGCAAUUUGUUACCUAAAAUUUUUAAUACGGUAACUGAAAUUUAAAAUAAAAUAAAUUGAUUAAAAAAACAUUCAGAUAAAAUUCUAAUUAAUGUUUUUAACAAUGUUUAACAGAUAAUUUUACAACACACGAAAAUAUGCUUCAAUAACUGAAAAAUAGUGCUGUAAAAUAGACUUCUUUCUUUAAACUAUUAUGCUUUUGUGUUUCCUUAUAGAAGUUAAACAGAUCUAUUGACAUGACAUAUUGAAAGCAAUGCAAAUGAACAAGUCAAAAUAUCCACUUUUGUUUCAAAAUAUAACAUCCUUGUAUAAAGCGUUGACCUAGGAUCUGUAUUUCAAUCAUAUUUACAUUUUUGAUGUUGUUCAGUUAACUUAUAGGCAUUUUGUCUGGCCUUUAUUCUGAUAGUAUGUCAUAAGUAUCUGUACUGAGUGUUAACAUUUUUAUGUCAAAGUUGUGAAAUUAACAUAUCCAAAAUAUUGGUGCUGAACUUGUUGUAACAAGUGUGACUAUACAAUUUUUUACUAUUGUUGUACAGAAUUCCAUAUCAAUAGAAUAUCAUUUGUUUUCUUAUAUAUCCCAUAACACUCAGGCCAUGAACUUUUUGUCUAAGUUAUAUUGAUUCUUUUAACUUUUACAAAGGACAGAUGUUAGCCAUGACUUGUAUCAUUAUAACCCAAACUGAUGAUGAGAGAUUUACAAGAGGUGUAAUUGGAUAGUUCAGAAGGGUUAAGGGUAAAAUAUUUAAUCUUUUGGUUUAUGUCAAUAGAGAACAGUCCUGUAUAUAUUACUAAAUAUGUGUGAAGAUUUUUACAUCUGUAUUUUGCUUAUCAGUUAUUGCACAUUGUUAAUAUUGCACCCAUUAUUUAUUAUAUAUUUUCAUACUCCUGAAAUGACACCAUUGAACUUCACUGUUUAUCAUUGGAAAAUGGUUUAAUUAAUAAUUUCUUUGUUUUAUGAAAUAAUAAAUGGACCCUCUUAUGUUGUAAAGAGGACAAGGUUUACUUUAAUCAAAAGAUGGCUUUGUAUUUCAACUGUAUCAUAUAUUAUCAAAAAGGCCACAAUAAGGUUCUUAAAUGGAUCCAUUUCAAAAGCCUUAAUGCUAGUUUUUCUUAUUUUUCCUAUUUUGGGCAUUAUUUUUUUUUUUACAUGAAAGCUUCUGGAAAACCUUGACCACAACCUAUGAUCCAAAUUGUGCAAAGGUUUAUAUUGAAUAUUUACAUUGUAUACACAACUAUUUGCUGGAUCUAAAGUUUAGGCCAAAUUUGUAUAUGCUAGAAACUGUUAUUUAUUAUUACAAAAAUAGUGUUACAACAUGAAAAUGCUUGAUUUAGAAUCAUAACUUUCACAAUUUAUAAUGUAAAUUACCAAAAUAAAAUUACUUUGAAUUUAUAUUACUAUAAUAUCUUUGUAAAAUUUGUAGUAUUUUAGCCUGAUUGAAAAGAGAUAAAAAUUAAAGGGCCAAUUCUGACCUCGGUUGAAUCUACUCCUCAACUUAUUUCUUUAUAUCAUUGCAAGUGCAAAAUUUAGUGAAUCAAUUUUGAUAGUUUUAUAUUUUGGUACAAAUUUCUUUGAACAUUUUAUAUACAAUAAGUUCAGAUUUUUUUUCAAUGUAAGUAUUAUUGCAAUUGUUGAUCAUCAGACAUAAUGUGAGAUUAGAUAAUAGGAAUUCAGGAAAUGUUGUAUACAAAUAAAGCAUCAAAAUUUGAAAUUUGAUUUCUAAUUAAUGGGAUGCAUAUUUUGUCACAUUUUUCUCAAGAAUAAAAACUUUGCAAAUAUUUCUAAAUUUACAAUGUUUGCUCCAGUUUAAAGUCAAAAUUUAGGAUCUGGUUGUUAUAAUUGUAAUGUUUGUUUACUUGCAAAUAUAGUGAAUAUAAUGAUUGUGUGUUAUUUCUUAUUUACUAUAGGGAUACAGUAAUGCUGUCAUUUUAUUAGUCAUUUUGUAUGUUACAGUUUAUCAUAAAGUGUUUACUUUAUUUAUUUAUUGUACAACAUUUUUUUUAAUCUUGUGGCAUAAAAUGAACUUGAGGAAGACUACUAAAUAAAUUAUUGAUGUUAUAAUAAUAGAUUUAAAAGUAAAUGCCAGCUGCCAUGUAGAAGAUCCUGAUAUAACAAGAAUACCCAUUUACACAGUAAAUAAGAUAUGGAUAUGGGCGAUAGUUCUGCAUUGGCUAAACCUGAGCAACAUGCAAAAAAGAAGGGAAUAUAUGUACAAUUCUUAUGAAAGUUACUUUAUAUUAGUACAAUUUUUCUUUGAAAAAAAUGGUAAUUCAUAACAUAUACUAUCGUUCUGUAACAGUUACUUAUCAUAAUACAAAUACAUACAAAAAAUCAACUGAGGAACAAUGUCAAAAAGUUUCGACUACGAACAAAAGACUUGGAUUUUUUUCUAGGGAGGUAAAACCAACACAAUGGUACACUCAAGUUUUAACUUAUAAGAAUACAAUUAAAAACUAAUAAUCACCUCAUAAACUCAAGAAUCACCCACCAGAAAUAGCAAACACAGAUUUCCUAUAUUUCUAUAUUAUUUUCUAUAUGAUAUAAAGACUUGUAUUACAUACUUAAUUUAAAUAUGAAGUAUAAUAGCUAGAUUUUAAUUAACAGGAGUUAUGUAUGCAAAACCUACAGGGUAUUUGUAUAUUUUGAAAGCUUUUGCGAGGAUGUAGGCAUUUAAAUGAAAAAGAAGUACUGUUUGACAGUUAAUGGAUAACUAUGUUUCAUUUAACAUUAAAUAUGAAUUGAAUAAAUGUUAUGCAUCAUUUAACUUUUCAUUCUUUAAUUAGUUCUCUGAUUUUGAUAAAAUGUUUUUACUUUAGAUUAUGAAAUAGAUGUGAUAUUUGUUGUGCUUUAACAUAAUUAGAUAAACGUUUAAUUAGUUUUAGUUGAUUUGUUUGACUUAAACAGACUAACAUAUACUUAGCCAUGUGUUCAGUUUUGUUAUUUUCUCUCUUUUUUUUUUUAAACAAUUGCAAAUUUUCAUUGGGUUGAGAAAAGAAUUAUAGAAUAUAAUGAUUUCUGAAAAUGGUUGUUGGAUUUUAAUUUUAAUAGUUUGGCAUAACUUUUCCAGAUUUUUACCAAAUUUUGGUAAGAAAAUAUGUGAACUUUGAAAUUUUUAUGCUUUGUGAGUUUUGAUAUACAAGUUAGGAUUUAUACAUUUAUAGGCAGGACAACGAUGACAAAUGUAAUGUUUUUUAGUAAUCUUCUUCAUCAUUAAUUGUAAUUUGUAUUUAUCAAAUGAAACUUUUUUUUUACAUUUCAAUUUGUCUUAUUCUGGUAUGACAAUUUCCAGAAACAACUAAUAUGAAAAUAAGAUGUGGUAUGCUUGCCACAAUGAAACAACUCUCCACCAGAUAAAUUUAUUUUGAAUAAGAAUACUUUGUUUUACAGUCAAAAAAGUAAGUUGAUGAAACAUAUCAAUUCAUUUACUAUAUAGUAUUAUAAGAAAUGACAAAGGCAUUUAGCAGUAGAUAGGAUAGACGGGCACUAGUUAAUUUAUACCACAAAUUACCAAAGGUUGUUAUAGGUACAAUUCUACUUAAAAGUGUAUUAAAUAAUUUAUUGUAUGACAUUGUGUAAUAAUUAGAUUUUUAUGACAGAUUAUUAAGUUAUUUAAUAAUUUUAAAUCAAUGAUUUAUAUUGUUAUUUAGGACAUUAUUGCAUGCACCAUAUAUGAUGUUAUUUACAAAAUGUUCAUAUUGUUCUUAAUAAAAAUGGUCAUAGGUUUAUAA